AGCUCGAGUAAAAUACACGUAUUUCACUCGCCAUAACAAUUCGCGCACACCGCGUAACUAAAACACUAAAUAUAUGAAUUAAAACCCAUAUAAUAUUGAGUUAAAUCAAGUGAAAGACGAUUAUUUUCGUUCAGUGAAAGUGUAGGAGAAAAUUUAGGUGAAAGUGUGUUUUGUGAAAGGACAUAUAAUUUAGGCUCUUUCGCUUGGGAUUUAAGUAGAAUGUCGUGGUAUAGGAUGAGUGCGGGGUGAGGUGAGCAGCAGAACGGGGCGCAAUGAGCGCUCCGGAGCCUUUAGUGCUUCAAGCGCUACAGGGCUACACCGAGCAGAGCGACAAGUGGCCCGGGCCUCGAGUCGUCAAGAUAUUCGUCGCUUCCGUGUACAAUGAUUUCCGGGAAGAAAGACGUCAUGUCCUGGAGUUGGCGGGCCCAGAGUUGCAAGCGACGUACGAUGACCGACAUGUCGAGUUUGAGUUCGUGGACAUGCACUAUGGCACGGAUGGCGGGGACGAGACGAACCCGGCAUUGCUUCGAUACCAUCUCGAAGAAAUACGAUCCUGCAACCAUGCGUCGAAGGCAGGAUACUUUCUAUGCUUUAUCGGUGGUGACACGUCAACCUACCAGCCAGUCCUACCAUUCAAGAUAGCUGGUGAAACGUUCGAACAGCUUAUCAAAUCGGAAUCAGCUCAAACAGCACUCAUACGCGCAUGUUAUAGGCUCAACGGCGACGGCAAUUACCACUUAGAAGGCGAUGAGAAAUGGUUCAGCGAUUUAUUAGACCGAGAUGAACAGCGGAAAAGGCUAUCAAUAGUUCAGAAGGUGUUCAACACACUCGCGCUGGAAGCCUUGGAAAAAGGUGCCGAUGUGACCAACCUGCUUCGAAGCCCUGUGGAGAUACAAUGUGACACGGCUCUUGAAUUAUUGUCAACGGGAAAGCAUCCGAAAGGUCUUAUUGUUGUGUAUCGAGACAUUCCAGAUUUGGAGGCGGACGACUCCAAAUUAACGACGCUAGUGCACCAGAGAUUAAAAAAGUUACUAAAAAAGUUCGAAGACGUUUUACCAGAGACUCAUGUAAUUAGGUUAGAAGCAAUAUCAGCAGACUCCUCGCGGACGGACGCGGCGUCAGACAACGAAGAGAAACUGUCGCCCUUCAGGGAGAAGGUGCAAGCGGUUGUGUCGUCGCUGGUCGACGACAGCCUCAGCACUGAACCCGAUCAGGGGAAGGGCAGGAAAAAGACUGUACAGGAAGUAUUUUUGGAACACAUCACUCACCUUAGAAUAUGUAUAGAACAUAAUCGUCUUUAUAAAGUAAAUGUUAAGAAAAUUGAGGACGCAGCUAGAGAUAUAUUAGAUAACGCCAAAGAAAACUACGAGAAUAGGUGUCGACAUCCCCCGGUGCUGAUUUACGGGCCCGAUGCCUCCGGAAAAAGUACUUUGUUGACGCAUCUUUAUUUCAAAUGCGAGGAAAUAUUCCCCAAGCCGGUCUUGAGGAUAAUACGGUUCUCAGCCGCUACGCCGAGAUCUGCAUACAAUCUAGAACUGCUGAGGGUUAUGUGCCAACAGAUAUCCAUCAUCUUGAACAUUCCUGAAGGCUACCUACCGAAAGACGCGAGUUUUGACCCCCUCUACAUAAACAACUGGUUCCAAAGCUUGCUCAAAAGAUGCGAAGAAAUGAAAGACGAAAUCUUAUUAAUAUUCAUCGACAACGUUCACAGAGUAAACCCAUUAGAAUGUGACAUCGUGACCGGACUGUCCUGGCUGCCUAUGUCUUUGCCGAGAAAUGUUUUCCUAUUUUGUACGAGCGCCAUGUCUUUAGAACAACUGCAAUUGACCCCGGCGCAAAAGGAAAAGUUCAAAGUUCAAAAUUGUUACUACUUGUUGGACGCGGUAGAAGAGAGUCCUGAAAAUAAUAGCUGCGGCGAUUACAUAGAUGGGGCCUUUGAUAACUUGGAAGUCGUCUUCGGUUCAAAAUCGUUUAGUAAAUUGGCUGGUUAUAUAACUUGUUCAGAGUUUGGUCUCACGGAACUCGAAUUGCUAGAACUUUUGAUGCCAACUAGCAACAGCGAUGCAGUUAUUACACUAAAGGAUGCCAACUUCAACUUUUCCACUUUGUGUGUCGCUAAAUAUAUGAUGCUGACGAAGACAAUAAUAGUAGAGAACGUGGUAUCUGGUCGAAGUACCUGGCGCUGGAGAGCCGCGGCCGCGAGCGCGCGCGCAAGGAGGCGAUACGUGCGCGUGCAGAGCGCGCUCAGGGACGCGCAUUCCGAUCUAGCCGCGUUACACUUUGCCAACUUUCUCAAUGACACCGAUGAUACUGAUACUUCCGAAACACAUGAACCUGUUCUCCCAGGUUACGUUGACGAUGAUGACGCCCUUCUCGAUUCAACGCCGUUCCACUCGGCGAGCAGGACUGCGGCCGCGUUCACACAAAGACACGUGGAAGAAUCCUGGCUACAUCUACUCCUAGCUGGGGACUUCUCCAAACUGAAGGAUUUGACUGUCUGCAACUUUGACUUCUUGCUCGCUGCUGUGCAGACAGUGACGAUAUCGUAUCUCCGCUGCAUCCUAGAGCACGUUCGCUGUUACAUUCUGGACCGGGACGUUGAGCUCGUCUACGGCGCCGUAAGAAAAUCCAGCGACAUCCUAACACGGGAUCCGAUGCAAUUGGGCGCACAGAUAAUAGCGUGGCUUCGACCGGCGGUGGCUCGGCGAGGUGUCCUGGCAACUUUGGUGACAGCUGCCAUGGCGUGGUGUGAUGGCUAUGACAAACCUCUCCUAGUACCUCUUAACGGCUGGCUACAUCCACCGAUAGCGUCUACAGUACGCGUAGUCUCCGUAGGCGGCUCUACGCCGGGAGCCGGUGUACGCUUGCUGCAACUGGCGCCCUCUGGACAACAUCUGGUCUUGGCACCUUCUGCGGGCGACCCGCAACUCUGGCACGUCAUGUCCAACUCUAAAGUGCACACUUUUAAAGGUCACUCAGGGCGGAUACUUUGCAUGUGUGUCACACGAGAAUCCCAAUACCUAUUGACUGGCUCUGAAGACACCAGCGUCAUUGUUUGGGACCUGCACACCUUGGCCGUCAAGACCAAAAUUCUAGAGCACAUAGCCCCAGUUCUAUGUGUAGCAGCAAUCGUGAACCGAUCCUUGGUCAUCAGUGGAGGAGAGGACUCCGCAGUUAUUGUUACGUCGCUCGUCGAUGGAGCAUUGGUAACUAAGCUCGACCACCACCGUGGUCCAGUCACAACAAUAAAAGUCAUCCAAGAUGGCGAUAUAUUAGUCACUUGUUCACAAGAUGGAACUGUUUGCACGUGGAACGUUGACAGCUUUACACUGCUCAGCACUGUAUCGACCGGCGUUCCGAUUCACGCAAUGGAAGUCACCGAGGACAAUGUAUUCCUGGUCACGCUUCAGGGGGAAAACGAGCUCCAUAUACGGACCUUUAUAACUGGCACGCAUUUACAUAUUUUGAAGAGGCAUAAGGCUAAGGUAAAAUGUUUCUGCGUUGGGCACGACUCGUCCAGGGUAUCAGUGGGCUGUGCCGAUCAGCGUAUCUACAUAUACAGCCUGCACACUGCCCAGUUACUUCGCACAUUGGCCGCGGCGCACGACCUCGCGGCUCUGGCGAUUGCUGACAAGGACCACUUUCUUUUGGCUGCUGGUGGCAACAGAGUGACAAUAUAUUCAUUCCACACUGAGGAUAACCUGACUAACUUCAGGCCUACAAAAAUGUUGAAACGAAGACAGACAAAAUCUACCACAAACAUAACUUUGCUACAAGCAGAACAAAGUGAACUGAUACCAAUAAGCUGUUUAGAAGUAUCCAGGGAUGGCCAGUUAGCAGCUAGUGGUUGUGCGCGCGGAUUGGUUAGAGUCUGGCAACUGUCCACACACCGAUUGCAAACCACACUGAACGGACAUUUGGGCCACAUCACUUGUGUUACAUUCAGUCCCAAUAACUUAUUGGUACUGAGUGGAUCUGAAGAUAGAACGGUGGUCGUGUGGCAACUCGCUGAUAAUUCUUCUUCAUUGACCUAUAAGGGUCACCAAUCAGCACUACAAACUCUGCUGAUGAUGUCGGAUGGUCGCCGCGCCAUGUCGGGUGACCGAGCAAGGAACGUUCACGUUUGGCUCGUCGACUCUGGCAUCGUACUUCACUCGGCUACGUGCCCUACCGCCAGCAUCGACGUUACGCUCAACAUGAAGUUUGCGGUAUUGUCAGAUGGAGACAAUUCAGUCAGAAUCUGGGCGUUAGCUGAAGGAGACAGCGGGGAGGAAAAGCGUUCAGUUUCCCACGCUGAACGAGUGACUUGUUUCGCUUUGACGGCCGACUCGCAGCAUGUCGUGACAGGCUCUAUGGAUAUGUCGCUGAAAGUUUGGCAAUUGGAUGGCGGGAAAUUAUCACAGGUUCUGGUAGGCCAUUCAGACAUAGUGACCUGCGUGGCAGUGUCCAUAACGAACAAGACGCAAGUGGUGUCCGGAUCGUGGGACUACAAUCUAAUCGUGUGGGACAUUAACACUGGAUCCGAUGUGCAUCUGCUAUCAGGGCAUUUGGGGAAAGUCACCUGUGUUAAAGUUACCGGUGAUGGAUCUAUCGCUGUUUCAGGUGCGGAGGAUAAGACACUUAUAAUUUGGGAGACGAAACGAGGCUUGGCGCUGACGUCGUUCGCUCUCCACGUGCCUUUGUUGGGAUUCCAAAUCACCAGCGACUGUUCGCGAGUUGUCGUACAUCUUCUGGACAGAGGUUGCUUGCCGAUCAUUUGCCUCCAUAACACGCCUGCCACCUACGUGAAAAUACCUACAUACGCCGCGCCCACCAAGGACGUUGAUGAAUUACGGCCGCUUGCGCCGAAGCGGCCAAUGAGAAGAUUGCUCAAGAAGGAAGUGUCACUGGACACGUACACGUGGCAGAAGAAAUACGGACACCUCACUUCGGCAGCCAUGAUGGCGCAAGUGGACGAACGGUUGAAGAGGCGAUUUUCUGUAUCAGCGUCUAUGGAAGAGAUAUCAAAAAUUCAAGAAGCGAAAAAUAAAGACUUGGGCUCACAGGUGAGUCUGGGCCCUGAACAAGCAGCAAUAGCACAAUCUCAACACUUCGACCAGUUGGAAGCGCUAUGGAACAAAAUAUCACCACCUCGUCGUCGUUCCAAUAAGUCAUUAUCAAAACAAAGCUCUCUGAUCGAGAGAGUCGAUUCAUCUGACGAAGAUCAUACUCCGGUUGAAGAACAAGAACACAUGGUGGAGUAAUAAAUUAAGUAAAUCGAAUUAGUUUAAUGAACUUCUAGAUUUUAUCUUAACUUGUUUUACUGAGCUGGUCUCAAUUUAUUUGCCAAUUUAUUACGCAGACUUUAAUUUAAACAAUGAAUUUGUACAUUAAUUGGAUAACUGUUUAAAUUUAUUUGUUGUACAGCUCUUUUAAUGGAUUGAAAUAUAGCGUAUUAAUAAUUUAAUUCUUUCGUUCUCAAUACAUCAUUAUGAAAUUAUUUCAUUGUUUGUUGAAUCUUGCAAAUACCUAUUAUUAUUUGAAAGAAGGUAGAAACAAAUUAUGUUACCUUUCGUAACGGCAUCUUCAAUAGUUUAUUAAAUUAUAUUUUUUAUUGUGAAUACGUAUCACAUUAAUGUACGACAAAACGUUUAGAUACAUGAUGAGAAAAACAUACAAACAGCACAGCUUAUGUAAUAUACAUCAUACUUAGUCAAAAAAUAAAUACUAUUUCGUAUUUUAUUAUUUUGAUACUAUGAAGAAUAUGAGUAGGUAUGACGUCUCAAUUUCAGCGUAGUUCCCUUUUCCCAAGUAUUUCAGGAACUUGAGCAUUCAACUAGUAAAGUUACUAACGUCGAGAAUGUUUUUAUUCAUAUCCGAAACCUUGAGUGAGUCAGAAACGGGAAGGAAAACUUAAAAACAACUUUUUUCUGAACAUUACUACAAUGUCGUCUCUAUCUUUAUUUCUUAUCUAAAAAAUCAAUAGUACAUGAUAUUAUGUCCUAGCAUAGUCUGUUUCUAUCUUAAUAUGGUAACAUAAGCGUUUGGUAAGGUUAUUUAGCGUAGAUACCUAAGUAAUUUUAGACUUCCAGCCUCUACGCAAUGUGAUCUUGUAGUACUAGCUUAGUUUUCGGACCAGUUUCAUUAACUUGUCUAAUAUCUAUAACUUCGUACUUUGGGCAUCAUAACACUGACUGUCAUUUUACAUUUGUGUAUCUUUCAUCAAAAUUAGUUUACCGCCCUGCCUACCGUUAAAAAUAGCUUUUUUAAUUUAUUUAUUUACAAAAAAUGUUUACAAAGUGACUCAAUUACAACUUCGGUGUAAUAACAAACUCUUUUGAAUUAAUGAAUGAUAUAUUUAUUUUUUGAUUUUUUCUAUACUUAUUAUGAUUAAUUUACACUUCGGGCCACAAAAAUAUAAUCAUUUCGUUUAUAUUUGUGCUCCGAAUUUAAGAAGAAGUUCAGAAGAUUUUUUUAUGCAAAUGAACUUGUACAAAAUGCUUAAACCCUCAAGUAAAUCUGCUAUUGGCUAAGUUUUGAAACUGGUCCUUAUUCCUAUCAACAAUAAAAUAAGUACAUGUUAGUUCUGGUUUUAAGAGUAUAACAUUAUUAUUAAUAAGAAUAAAUAGUAUAGAUUCCAGAACUCUGUAUCAAUUCUGUCAUGUAUAAAAAAACUUUUAACAAAUUGAUAGAACUAAAAAAGAAUCGUUUAAAAUAAAGCAGCACUACUUUAGUCUGCUGCUUUAUUAGUAACUGCAGUGUUUAUUUAGUUUGUUAGUUUUUUUAUGACAUAUUCGACGGUUUGUAUAAUUUUGUGCAACAUAAUAUUUUAAUUCAGCAUUUAUUUCUAUACGUAAUUGACGUACUUGUUCAUGUUAUUUUGUAUAAUAAUUAAAAGUCUUAUUUUUUUUGACGGUUACGUAAGUAAGUGGCGAAUUAAAAUUUAAUAUAAUUAUUAUUAUAAUCUUUUUAUGACAUUUUUAACAUUACAUUGGCUUGCUAAUAUUUCACUAAUUCCUACAUAAUAACCUGAAAUGCAUAAUAUAGCGCUCGACGGCAAAUUUCGCGCGCGCGUACUUUCGAUGUGAUUGUACAAGGAAUUUCUUCAUAAGCAACAAAAUACAUCGUAACUCCGACGGCACGCGACUACAAUAACGCGGGUCCGUUGCACUUCUAGUUCAAUACAACUUCUAGAAGGCGCGUUGGACAUUUUUCCGUCGCGCGUUUUAUUUGUUUCAGUCCUUAAAUUUUAUAAUAAGCUUAAAUAAUAAAUAAUCUCCCCGAUCAUUGUAUCGAACUAGUUUUCCAAACUGUGAUCCCUUAUAAAGACUUUUUAUUAAGUACAUUUAAAGUUACCCCUAUGAAUAAUGUUAGCGUAUAUUCUAGUGAACACCUAGUCUAUAGUUAUUAAUAUUUACACAAUAGUUACUAAAUAGUACAAUUUAGUUCGAAGCAUUUUAAUAAUCAUUUUAUUUAUAAUGAUGUUAAUAUUUUAUAUUAGAAUGUAAUUUUACUUCUUCGUAAAAUCAAAAAUAUUUUGGAAAAACCCAAUACCAAUAGCGAUUUUUGAUUAAAAACUAUUUUUCGCAUAAUUUAUAAAUAAUUAAUAAACAGUAUUUUCAAUAGAAUCGUCCUAAUCGCUACUCCAUUUUGUAGCGAUCAACCACUAUUCGGUCGAUUAAUCGUGAACAAUUUUUUUACAACUAGGUGUACAAGACUGUUUUUUGUUAUGCUGAUCACAAAUCGGCUUGAACUUUGUAAUUCAUCAAUUUUGAAAAAGGCACGCGAUUACGGACACACAACUAUAAAACAUUCUAAAAAUGUGUUAAAUGUUUUAAAACUUUUUAGAUUUUUAUCUAUAGAUAAAAUAGUACAUUACAAUACGUGUGACUUAAGUAGGUACACCUGUUCAAGUCGCGAGUAUAGUAUAUUAUUUUAUUUUAGCGUGACCUAAACUCGCAUUUAACUAACGCUUAUCUGUGACUUAAGUAGCUCAUUUUUACACCGUGCAAUAAUACAUUUUUGUAUGGUGUAAAAAUGGACUAGGUACUCAUACGUCGAAAAGUUUUAAGUAAUGUGGGUUUAGGUCACGCUGUGCUACAAAUACUAACCUAAUAUUUUUGUUGCGAAUUUUUCAUGUCAUAUUUUAUGACUAUUAUAUUAUUCAUAUUAUGUUUUAUUUUAUAAUAUUAUUAUCUUGGUUAUAAUUGUUGGUUAUUUUUUACUUAAGUACAAAUAAUUCUAAUAUUUUAAUAUAAUUAGGCUUCAUUAAAAUUACUUAAAUUGGAUUUAGAUGUUAUUAAUUAGAAAAUGCAAUAAUAUUUCAUAGGUAGUUGCACUUAUUUGUAGAUUAUUAAGCUAGUGUCUUUGAAAAAUUUGUUUCUAUCUGUUCUAACUUUGUUAUAUAUUUCUGAAUAAAACCUUAAGACGCGUCCGCAUUAAUAAGACAAAUGCGUUUUUCUUUGUAUUCAGCAAAAAUAAGUAAUUGUUUUACGCACAUAAAUGUUUUUAUCUGCACGCGCUCCGAUAGCUGUCGGUUUUUUGACGAAGAUCAAUCGGCGCAUUGUGUCUUAUUGGACUUUCUGUUCAUUUAUUUCAUAGGAUACAGUAUACACCAUCAAUACACUGUAUUAACAUUAAAAAAUAUUAUGUUGUAAUAAUUCAUAAUUAAUUGUUUUAACGCACAAUAACACUUUAAUGAAUUAAAAAGUUACCACGCAGAGCGGUAGUGCCCAUAUAUAGAGCACCUAGUACCAAUACUGCAUGCCGUAUGCGGCAUUAUUUACGAGGGAAAAGAAUAGGUGAGGUGAAAAUAUUUAUGUCGGGUGCAGCGUUCAACAACGACGCACAUUUUUAUUGGUGUGGACGCGGCAUUAGAACUCCCUCGAGGUAUCGACAGAUAACUUUAUCCGAUACUGGUGAAACGAAACCUACUACAUUAAGUACAAAGUGCAGUUCUUCUGAACUUUGACAUUCAAACUCAAUUCAGCAUAUUCAAAUAAGUAGACAUGAAAUAUAAUAUCUAUUUUUACUUAAUUACAACGGCGAACGACUCUAGGCAAGUUUGGAACGAAAGAAAUGUCUUGAAAGAAAUUUCUUGUUAUCUGCCGAUACGUGUUUUACCUAUAGCAUAAUAAUAUGAUUCAAACUUUCCUUUACCCAUAUUGUAUUAAAAUCUACUAAGUACUUACCUUUUUUAUUAAUAACUAAAAAUGAUAGAUAAAAUAACAUUAUUUCAUCUUAUUUUUUAUCUUAAUAUAUUUUACAGUUAACUCUAUAGUCUAAGCUAAAUAUAAAAACCUUAGGCAGAAUGUAGUACACAUCAGGUUACCGCAUGAGUUUAUCGCAUUGACAUUGGUUAACGGAAAUCGCAUACCUAUUGUAGGCCUUAGUAUCGAAAUUGUAAAUCUCAAACUUUGAUAAGAGAUUCCGAAUAUCAAUGUCGGAAUAAAAUGGACCUUAACUUGCUCGUUUCAAGGAUCUACUAGUAGUAGUUCGUCCACUCAUCUGCAAUGUCCCAAAAUUUUUUGGAAAUUAAUGAUGUAGUAGAAAUAUCUACUGAAUACUUACUAAACUACUAUAAGACAUGGACAACGUGGAUUUUUUCUGACAUUAUAGGAUGAAUAUUAGAAAUAUUAUAAUAGAAGAGAACGUUGUCAAGAUAUGCAAACUCGUACUAGAGGUAAGUACGUAAGCCUCAAAGCGCGCGUCAAACUAACGCAAGACUUUAUGGUGCAAUUGCUUACCUAAAUUGUUUGUUAGCCCGCUUUCGGGGAUCCGAAUGCGGAAACCAGAAACGGUUUUUACAACGGCAACAUAGAAUUCCGUCUAAGGGCGUCGUAUAAGGUGGGGCGUAAAACAACAGACGGUAAUCGAAUUCAUAGAUUUUAGAUGUAGAUUAUACCUAUCAGUAUAGUGGCUCAUUUGCACACUUCGGUUGAUCGAUCGUCAAACCAUCGUUACGAGUUACGACACACCGCUAUACAGUAAUGUGUCUGCAGCUUAAAAUUUAAUGCGGUAACCACAUGCGGCUAACUAAUGUUUACGCUAAGCCUAAGAGCGGUUUCAGAUUAGCGUUUUUUUGCCAAGCGAUACAAGCGAGACGUUUCUUUAUCGUAAUCCAUAUUGCUAUUGCCUGACCCACUGGUUCGAACGAACACGCCAGAACGAGCAUGUGCACGCGCGUUCUGUUUAUUGAAACGUGAAACGUAGCGCGCAUCUAAGCGUAAGUGAGCGUCGUACGCGCAAAAACGCUAGUCUGAAACCGGGCUAAACUUGUCUCAAGCAUAAGGUCACGUUUACACGAAGUACGCAAUAAAUUGUAUCGUAAUGUUAGUCACUCACCUUGUUAACUAUUUGUAUAGAGUUUUAUAUAUUCGUGGUUUCCUAUUCCUCACUUGAUGUGGAGUGAGUUUUAUUUUGGACCUGUCGUGAUGUUAUAUCUGAAAUAUAUUCUCUGUGUUUCUUA